AUGUUAACUCCUAUUCGUAUCGUAUCGUAUCGCUCAGCUGUUGCACCCUUCCGGUGCCUAGCUGCCAUGCCACCCGAAGGAAGCACGAGGGCUGGGAUACUGCCUAGUUGCCCAAGUCUAGACAGGGGGAGUCAAGAGGCAGACGUCGGAUUCGAACUACAGAGCGCGGCUCUAACCACUUCGGCCAUCUCACCUCCUAACUUCUAUUCACUACUUUAUCGACCACUCAAACAUUUUGGAGGAAAUUGGCACAACACCAUAUAUGACGGGUUGACACGAAGACCACGGGAGAGGUAUCGGAGUACCAAUCUCAGUUACUGUGAUUCCCUGACAAAACGACUGAAACAUGAGGCGGCCUGGUGCAGCACGUUCAGUUGUCUGAGAACAUCACAAACGAGAGAUUCAGCUGGGUUCCAGGUAAGCCUCUCGAAAAACCAAAUUACUUUACAAAUGAGUGUAUGUUGGAAACCUGUUCAAGCGCAGCUGAGCUGGUUUAUUCUGAAUGCGGAAAUAACCUUAAAGGACGGAUUUUCUCAGCAAUCUGGGCCAUUGCGACUGGAGAAGGUGGGCAAGAGCUGGUCUAUCAGUGUUCGUCAAAUAGCUUUCGGAAGAAAUGACUCGCCCACGAUAGGUGAACUGAUCACUCUCCACAGGUUGCGCUGGCUUGGCCACGUGCUCUGUAUGCCAGUCGUAGGGUUUUUUUGCACAAUCACGUGA